GCGGGUGCUCGGACCAAGGAACGGUUUUACAAGAUAGUCCUGGGCCGGGAGGACGAUUGGUGGGGGGAGAUGAGCGGGUCCUUAGGCCGAGCGUCCGCAGCUCUGCUUCACUUGGGGCGCGGGGUCCUCCUGCGGGGCCCGGCACUGCGGACUCGGAGCUCGGGCCCCGGGGGGUCGGGCUUGGCCUCCAGGGAGCAUCUUGACGCUCUCGUGAAGAAGGACAAGGUGGUGGUGUUCUUGAAGGGGACCCCCCAGCAGCCCCAGUGCGGCUUCAGCAACGCCGUGGUGCAGAUCCUGCGGCUGCACGGCGUCACCAGCUACGCGGCCUACGACGUGCUGGAGGAUCCCGACCUCCGUCAAGGCAUUAAAGACUAUUCCAACUGGCCAACCAUACCUCAAGUGUAUCUUAAUGGUGAAUUUGUUGGUGGUUGUGACAUCCUCCUCCAGAUGCAUCAGAAUGGAGAUCUAGUGGAAGAACUGAAAAAGCUGGGAAUUCGCUCAGCACUUUUAGACGCAAAUACUGAUCAAGACUCAAAAUAAAAAGCCUGCAAGAAUCCUCUUUAAGAAGAGUGCUCUAUGACUGGAAAUGAAAUUUUUUUAGUGUCAAAGACUGGUUACCAGAACAGCCUUACUGGUUUUUGUUCUCAUUUUUUUUUAGGAAGGCAACUCUUUGUACUGACACUAAACAGUAUUGAAGUGA